AGCGCCUAAACUCGGCAGCGCGAAAACAGUUGCCGGCAGCCACUGGUCGUAUUAUCUCUGGCUCCAGUCCAAAAUCCUCUCUUACAAAAAAGCGGAGAUAUGACAUUCGUUGUCUUCUGUCCCAAAACCCCGCGAGAGAGGGAGAGAGCGAGAUCUGUCACGGAAAGUAAUGCGAGCCUCAUCCUCUGUUAUCUUUCUCGUCUUCCUCCGCCAUUGGUGAUGCCGUAGAAGAAAAAGAUUUAGGCAAAAUACUGAGGUAAAAACGUCGAGAAAGCGAAAAACUUCGCGCUUUUUUUUCCGUACCUCUUUUCCUCUCUAUUUUUAUGUGAAGUUUUUGCAUAAAAAUCACGGUCUUCAGCUGAUCUCGAUGAAGUUUCUGCUGGACAGAGGGGUUUCGUAAUGUACCUCAGAUUUGGUGGCUGCCGAGAAGAAGAACGCUUUAUUUUAUUGAAAAAAACGUUUUUUUGGGUCUUUCUUUUGGAGCGAUAUCUGGAAAUCUUCGGAGAUUCCGUGUUUUUUUAGUUCAGAGGCAGAUUUCCUGGAUACUUGACUAAAUCAAGGCUGGAUUUUCAAGAACAAAGGAAGACACCAAUCCAGUCUCCUCUCAGCUUUAGGUUUCAUUCUUAAACCGUGGACAGGUGGCGUGAAGAACAACUCCACUUCUGCUCGGUGCUCGGUGUCUCCUUGUUUUCCUCUCCAUCCUCUAAAUUAAAUGGUCGGGGAUACCUAGGUUCUUCUUUGGGUCCCUUUUCGAGAAGUCGGUGGGGGAGAAAUGGCGUCCUGGGACCAGCUGGGGGAGCUCUCGACCGUGGCUCAGCUGACGGGCCUCGACGCCGUCCGCCUGAUCGGGCUGAUCGUCCGGGCGGCGACCACCGCGCGGAUGCACAAGAAGAAUUGCCGCCACUUCGCACACCACCUGAAGCUGAUCGGCAAUCUCUUGGAGCAGCUCAAGGUUUCGGAGCUGAAGAAGUACCCAGAGACCAGAGAGCCACUGGAGCAGCUGGAGGAUGCCCUUCGGAGGGCUUAUAUUCUGGUGGACAGCUGCCAGAACCGGAGCUACUUGUACCUUCUGGCCAUGGGGUGGAGCAUUGUCUACCAAUUCCGGAGGGCUCAGAAUGAGAUCGAUCGGUACCUUCGGCUUGUGCCGCUCAUCACUCUUGUGGAUAACGCUCGGGUGAGGGAAAGGCUGGAGAGUAUCGAGAGGGAUCAACGUGAAUAUACUUUGGAUGAAGAAGACAAAAAGGUGCAAGAUGCUAUAUUAGAUCGUGAUCCCUCAAGAAAUCACACAGUGGUGCUGAAAAAGUCUCUGUCAUGUUCUUAUCCACAUUUACCAUUUGACGAAGCUCUUCAAAAAGAAAAUGAAAAGCUCCACUUAGAACUUCAAAGAUCACAAGCUAGAAUGGAUCUUGGUCAGUGUGAAGUGAUCCAACAUUUGAUUGGAGUGACACAAACAGUGGCCUGUACUCUGCAAGAGAAGAACACACAGCUCAAAAAUCCCAAUAAUGUAGACCCAGAUUAUUCAGAUGCCAAUAAUGACAAGGAAAAUGCCUUUGACCAAAGCUAUCAUAAAGAAUACAUUGAUACUAAAACAACAUCUAGAAGUGCUUCACCUGUUUCACGGAGUCAUGAUUACAUUGCUGGUAAAGGAUCAUACAGUCAUAACGAAUGGCAUUCAGAUUUACUUGGAUGUUGUUCGGAGCCUUAUUUAUGUCUGGAAACUUUCUUCUGUCCUUGUGGAACACUUGCAAAGAUAGCUACAGUGGCCAAAAAUAGACAUAUCUCUUCAGCAGAAGCAUGUAAUGACUUGAUGGCAUAUACACUUCUUUUAUCGUGUUGCUGUUACACCUGCUGCAUCAGGAGGAAACUUCGUAACAUGUUUAACAUUGAGGGAGGGUUUUGUGAUGAUUUCUUGUCACAUCUGAUGUGUUGUUGCUGUGCCCUGGUUCAAGAAUGGCGAGAAGUGGAGAUUCGUGGGAUGCAUGGUCCUGAGAAGACAAAAACAAGCCCACCGCCUUCUCAAUAUAUGGAAUCUUAAGUAGCAAUUUGGAGCUGGUGAACUUUGUUUUGCGUUAUGCAAGUAUCUAAUUGAUCUGAUGUUGAGGUAACAGCAAGUUAUCAGUUCCCUGAAGCUCAAAUUGGGGCCCUCUGUUUAGCUGUGGCCCUGUAUAUUUCCUAGUUCUCCUGUCCUGUACCAUAUAAACUCGUGCUAGAUUAGAAUGGGAUUUUAGGAAUCUAUACAAAUGCCAGAACGCAUUAGGCCCUUCAAGAUGUUCUUUUAAGGCUUUUUGUAAUAUUGUGCAGUGACUGUCACUUAAGGUCUGUCAGAACCCAAACAGUUUAUAGGAACCUAGUGUUAUGAAGUAAUCUAGAUGGAUUGAUUUUUCUAUAUCAGGUACAAAAUCUUGAAGUAUCGUGUUAAUGAUACAGAUGUAUUUUG